GAUUGCAACUUCGCAGAGCAGAGAGGCAGAGAUGGCGGAGAGCACCGCGCGUAGGGAUCUGCUGCUGAGCAUCCAGAAUGAGUCCCAGGCAAAGUGGGAGGCAGCCAAAGUGUUUGAGGUGGAUGCGCCGACAGAGGGGGCUGCAACUGGCAAGUUCUUUGGCACCUUCCCCUACCCUUACAUGAACGGGGUGCUGCAUCUGGGCCACGCCUUCUCGCUGUCCAAGCUGGAGUUUGCUGCCGCCUACCACCGCCUGUGCGGCAAGAACGUGCUCUUCCCGCAGGGGUUUCACUGCACCGGGAUGCCCAUCAAGGCAUGCGCCGACAAGCUUGCGCGGGAGAUUGCCACCUUUGGCAACCCGCCGCAGUUCCCAAGCGGGGACGAUGCUGCAGUGCAGCCAGAGCAGGAGGAGGAGGCGGGCAGUGGAGACCCCACCAAGUUUGUUGCCAAGAAGAGCAAGGCCGCAGCCAAGAAGGGCACGGGAAACACACAGUGGGACAUUCUCAAGAUGAGUGGCAUUCCCGAGGAGGAGAUUGCAGAGUUUGCGGACUGUGGUCACUGGCUGCGUUUUUUUCCGCCGCUGGCAGUACGGGACCUCAAGUCCAUGGGCUGCGGCAUUGACUGGCGGCGCAGCUUCAUCACCACAGACGUCAAUCCGUACUAUGACUCCUUUGUGCGCUGGCAGUUCGAGGUGCUGCACAAGCAGGGCAAAAUUGUCAAGGAUAAGCGGUAUGCUGUGUACUCCCCGUUAGAUGGCCAGCCAUGCGCGGAUCACGACCGUGCCACUGGAGAGGGUGUGGGACCCCAGGAGUACACCUUGAUCAAGAUGCGCGUGCUUGAGCUGAACCGCAAGCUGGGCGCGCUGCAAGGUGCGGUGCAUUGCCCUGUGUUUCUGAUGGCUGCCACGCUUAGGCCGGAGACCAUGUAUGGGCAGACCAACUGCUGGGCACUGCCUGAUGGCGACUAUGCAGCUUUCAGAGGCCUGAAUGGCGAGAUCUAUGUCAUGACGGAUCGGUCGGCGCUGAACCUGUCCUACCAGGACCGCAUGCCAGAAACUGGAAAGCCAGAGAAGCUAAUGGAUCUGAAGGGGUCUGAUCUGCUGGGCCUCCCCGUCCAGUCUCCUCGCACGCCGCACAACCACAUCUACGUCCUCCCCCUGUUGACCAUCCUGACGAACAAGGGCACUGGCAUCGUGACCAGCGUGCCGUCCGAUGCGCCGGAUGACUAUGCGGCACUGAUGGACCUUGUGAACAAACCCAAGCUGCGUGAGAAGUAUGGCAUAUUGGAUGAGUGGGUGCUGCCCUACAAGGUGAUCCCCAUCAUUGACAUCCCUGGAUUUGGCACGGCUGCAGCAGAGAAGGUGUGCAUGGACAUGAAGAUCCAGUCACAGAAUGACGCUAAGAAGCUGGCAGAGGCUAAGCAAAUGGUGUACCUGAAGGGCUUCACGGAUGGUGUGCUGGUGGUGGGCGAAUAUGCGGGCAAGAAGGUAAGCGAGGUCAAGGCCGUGAUUAAGAAUGAGAUGAUCUCCGCCGGAGAGGCGCUGCUCUACUCAGAGCCUGAGAAGCGGGUUAUGAGCCGCAGUGGCGAUGAGUGCGUGGUGGCGCUUACGGAUCAGUGGUACAUGACGUAUGGGGAGCAGGAGUGGAGGGAGGCCACAGAGGCAUGUCUGAAGCACAUGGAGCUCUAUGACGACAACACACGGCACCAAUUUGAGCACACCCUUGGCUGGCUGAACCAGUGGGCGUGCUCGCGGUCCUUUGGCCUAGGUACCAGGCUUCCUUGGGACCCUGUGUACCUUGUAGAAUCCCUUUCGGAUAGCACCAUCUACAUGGCGUACUACGCAGUGGCACACGUGCUGCAGCAGGGCAACAUGUAUGGCGAAGGCGCGUCUAUCAUUAAGCCUGAGCACUUGACUCCCGAGGUGUGGGAUUACAUCUACCUGGGUGCGGAGGAGCCAAUUGACAGCCCCAUCCCCACUGAGCUGCUACAGACAAUGCGCCGCGAGUUUGAGUACUGGUAUCCAUUUGACCUGCGUGUGUCGGGCAAGGAUUUGAUCCAAAAUCACCUAACCUUCUGCUUAUACAACCACACAGCCAUCUGGGCUCAGCAGCAGCAGUACUGGCCGCUGUCCAUCCGCUGCAACGGCCACCUGCUGCUCAACGCAGAAAAGAUGAGCAAGAGCACAGGCAACUUCAAGACGCUGCAGCAGGCAAUCGUCGAGUACAGCAGCGACGCAAUGCGCAUCGCUCUGGCAGAUGCAGGUGACACCAUGGAUGAUGCCAACUUUGAGCACACUACUGCCAACGGCGCAAUCCUGCGGCUCACCAGGGAGCUGGCCUGGAUAGAGGAGGUUCUGACGGCAGCCGACACCCUGCGGGAUGAGCCACCCACCAGCUUCAUUGACCGCGUGUUUGAUAAUGAAAUCAACAUCGCGACGCACCGCACGCGGGAGGCGUAUGGCAGGAUGCUGUUCCGCGAGGCGUUGAAAAGUGGCUGGUACGACCUGCUCAAUGCGCGGGAUGUGUAUCGUUUUGCAUGCGGUCCAGAGGGCGGCAACAGGCGCCUGCUGCUGCGCUUCAUAGAGGUUUCCACUCUGCUGCUGGUGCCUGUUUGCCCACACACCUGUGAGCAUGUCUGGAGCAACCUGCUGAGGAAGCCGGGCAUGGCCAUUAAGGCUGGUUGGCCGGUGUCAGAGGCUCCCGACUACGUGCUGCAGCAAGCGGCCAAGUACCUUGACGACACGAUUGCCCACCUGCGCAAGGGCAUCGCCAAGGCUGAGACACCCGCUAAGGCAAAAAAGGGCGAGCCACCGGCCCCUGCCAAGAAGGUGACUGGCGUAGAUGUGUAUGUUGUGGACCGUUUUGGCGGCUGGCAUGCCAAGGUGCUGGCAGCUCUGGCAGUCAUGUUUGAUGAAGCGACAAACACCUUCCCUGCAGACGCCAUGCAGCAGGUGUUGAGCAUCCUGAGCAGCGACCCCGAGCUUGCCUUGAUGAACCAGAAGGCGCUCAAACAAACAGUCAUGCCAUUUGCCAAGUUCCGCAUCGACAUUGCGGUCAAGGGUGGCGCAGCGGUACUCAAGGAUCGCCUGCCAUUUGACGAGGUGGCACUGCUGCAAGAGAACAAGGCGUUUCUGCUCAGGGCUCUUCUCAUCUCGGAGAUGGAGGUGCACGCAGUUAGCUUCGGGGAGCAGCAAACAACACAAGAUGCCCGGAUUGCUGCUGCCACGCCCGGGAGCCCUGCGGCCAUCUUCAAGACUGCCGAAUAGAAGCAGCACCCUGGCUAUUCCUUUGAACACAUUCAGUUGGCAGCAUUAACCAAGCCUGUGCCCUAAAUUGCCAUUGUCAAUGGCGGCAGGGGAUUGUGGUCAUGCUGCGAACCAUUGCACUGGCAUUUUACAUCAGGGCGUGAUGUUCAUGUCAGGCAGGAAAUCUGCAUUCAGCGGCAAAAGUAGCGGCACAACGCAGCACUGACUCUGCUGGCACAGUGUUGGCUGUGCCACAUCUGUGGUGGAUGUAGCCGGGGCAUGUCGGAACCCGCUAUGCUCUUCGAGAUCAGCGGUACUUCUGGAAGCCGAUAGCCGUCGCGUACUCGCGGAAGCACUGUCGGCAGAUGUUCAGGCCAUACUUGCGAAUCAGUCCGCCCUGGUUAGAGCACACACGGCAGCGCCGGGAGCCCUUGCCAUAAUCCUUGGGGUGCUGGUUCCAAAUGGUCUCGAACGGCAUGGUGGCUGAUUAGCUUGUUUUGCGAGGUGGCGUUUUGACCACAGAGCUUCGC